CGCAAAACCACUGGAGUCGAAUCAAGAGGAUGGAGAUGCUGUAGUGACUGGUGUUGCAAGCCCUUCAUCUCCUCCGGUUGAACACAGUGAUGACCAGCAACCCUCCACAGUUGAGCCGGAACAAACUGCACAACCACUGACUGAAGGAAAAUCGGAAACCGCUGAGGUUGACGUCACAGAAUCGUUGCGCAUUGUACAAAAGCAUCCAAUGCACAUUAUUCCAACACCAACAAAUGUUCUGAAGUCAGCAGCGGAAGAAAAACUGGAGCAUCAACUCUCCGACGUGGAGAAGGCAUCAAGUUCACCGGAUAGGAAGGAAGGCAAUGAAUCGCCUCUACUACCUGUGGAGGAGAAGGCAAUGCUUUCAAGUGUAAAUGUGGACGUAAUGCAAGCGUCACCGGAGGGACAAACUCCUCCGUCAAUCUCAGUCAAACAACGUGAAAGCAGAGAUUCACCUAAAAAAGGACGUCGUGACAAGAAAUCAUCUGAAUCUGCAAAAGGCGGAGAGAAAAAAUCGACUGACGUUGAAAUGACAAUGCCAGAUUCGAUGCUUGGGGCUGUAGAACCACAAAAUUUGCCCGCAGUACAUCACGAACCCUCGGAAGAGAAGUCUCCGAGUUCUUCAAAAAAGAAGGCAAAUAAAAAUCUGCUGGAACUGUCUCUAGAGAGUGCAGAGGCGUCCAUCAAGGUUGAUGAGAUGCAGAUGUUGUCGGGAGCGCCAGCCAAAAGAUCUGGUGGCAAAGAGGCAUCCCCUACGAAGCAUCAUGAAAAAAAGAUAUCCGAAUGUGUAGAACUUGAGGAGAAGGACUCGUCGUCCCUGAAUAUGGAAGCAACCGCAGAUCCACUAGAGGCUCACGAAUUCCAUGGAAUGUCAUCGGAGCAUUUAAAAGGCAAAGGGUCUGCUAUCAAGCGUAAACGUGAAAAGGAACCAGUGGGACCUAUGCAAACUAAGGAAGAGGAAUUUUCGAACAUAGUAGCUGGAACUGCAUCGUCAAUUAUGGAGCCUCCUGUUCCUCCAAAUACGGAAGCAGAGUCCCUACAAGAAGGGCAGAAGCCACCAACUAAGAAAUCAACAGACAAUGUGGAGAAAGGAAAGAAAACAAAGACCAAACUUCUAGAGGCUUCGGCUAAACAGAAGACCAGUAACCAGCAGCGAUGCAGUGUUUCA